AUGUCAGAAAAAUCAGAAAUACAGCUUGAAUCAACGAAUUACGAGCCGGUUACUGAAGUUAACAUAAUUUUGACUUCUUUGCAACAGAAUGAAGAAAAUAUUGAACUCCAUAAAAUGAACGGCCAAGAAAAUUUGAGAUCUCCAGAAUUGAAAAAAGAAAGUAACAAUGUGCCUUCGGAUGAUUGUGCUGCUGGAACUAUAUAA